CCACAGUGUCAUGUGAGAAACUGCACUUUACUCUUCACCAGAGGAGAAUGAAACACCAACACAUCCAUCAGACGAUGAAUACUUGCACAUGAAAAAGGAAAAGCUGGGCUGUAUUAAGAAGAAACAACACAAAGGUUUAAAAUGUUAACCAGGUGGAUAACACUCACAGCGUUUCUGGCUGCAUCAGCUGAUCUUAUGAGUGCAGCUUCAGGCCCCAGCGCUCUGACUGUAACACCAACCUGCAGGUUCAAAGGUCAUCCAGAGGAAGAGCUAACAUUGAGCUGUGGAGACGAAAGAAAAACAGGUGUGGUCCAGUACUGGCACACUCCUUUUGGAGACCUUGAGACCCCUGGUUCCUUCAGUAAACUGGACCCCGUCUUCAUGCAUCAUGAUGGGAGCCUGGUGGUCCCCAACACCAGCAGUCUCCACAGCGGCUUGUACUACUGCCUCCUGCAGCACAAAGAGGGAGCUACACUAUGGUCGUACGAGCUCCAUGUUAGUCACGACAAUGAAAUACAUGAUGAACACAGCGACUAUGGGCAACAGAACUGUGGUGCGUUCAGGAUCAGAAGGGACGUCGGGUCUGCAAGGGAGCAGGAGGGUGUUUCAGAUGGAGAGUUUGCAGGAGCUGUAGCGGCUUCAGUGCUUCUGACAUUUGUGGUGGGCUUCAGCGCUGGAGCGCUGACCAGGACUCAGGUGCUCAGGUGCCUAAGGACUGUCACUAUGAAGCUGAGAUCCAUACGGCACCAACGCCAAAGUGACACACCAGACCAUGGUUCUAAAAUCAAUGUGACAAACCUGCCCCCCAUGUAUGAUAACCAGGCCUUUGAAAUGGAACAGGUGGAAAUGGAGGACUCGACAACUUGUGCAACCAUAGAUUCAACCAUUUCAUCCACAGCCUCAUUGGCCCCGGCCAAACCUCAGAGAAGCUUCCGACAGAAACAGGAGGAGCAGCAGGAAACCAAAGCCUAUCUGGAGGGAUGUGACUACAUGAAAGUGGAGGAGGAGAUGGAGCGAAGGAGUCUGGAGGAAAACAAUGAAGGGUGUGAUGUGGAGGAAGAGGAGGAAAAGGAGUUCAGAGGUUCGUUCUUUUUUUCAGAUAAAGAAGGAGGGAGUCAAACUGAAACAGAGGAGGAGUGCAGUGAGGAUCAAGAGGUGAGAGAAGAAAGAGAGAGCAAGGAGGAAAAGAGGCAGUGUGAAAAAGAGGAAAAGUUGGAGAAUAAUAGAAGCAGUGGCAGUACGGAGGAUGAAGAGGAGAGUAGAGUAAGUACAGAUGAGAUGGGAGAUACAGAGAAAGGGGGAGAGGAAAAUAGAGAAGGGGAGGAAGAGAUGAGAGAAGAGAAAGAGGCAGAAGACAGAGAAAACAAGAAAGAGGAAAAUGCAGCAGUAGAUAUUUGCAGCAGUGAUAACACAGAUGAUGAUAAACAUCAGGACACGACCAAAAAUGGCACCACAGAAGGUGAAGAAGAGGAAGCUUCAACCUCACAGCUAUCACAGGGCCGCCGCAGCCGUGUCAUCCGGCUGUAUCAGUACGACGAGGACGGUCAGCGAUACGGCCACCUUCCACAGCCCAAACCUAAUGAGCCAGGACCUGCCCCCAGACUCAAACAGCGCUCCCUCUCUCUGACACGCCUCAGCGCCAUAAUGGCAGCCGCCUCUGCAGGGCCAUUGGACACUAGAGAGACAGGGAAGGACGGGAAAGAGGAGAGGCCACACUUCCACAUGGAGAUAUAAAGACAGAGUGUCCAGUAGAAGGACAAAAUAGUGACAUUUCAGAGGAUUUGAAUCACACCCGACUUGUUAAAAGCUGUCAUUUAACCUUCAAACAACCACCUUUACAUCUAUUUUAAAUUGAAAAUUUCACUGUCAGUCUAUGACAAUGUUGUUGACUUAACACCAUUUUGGAAUUAACAUUGAGACUAGAAAACAAUCAGAAGUCACCUUUUCAUGUGAUAUGGCACAACUUGGGAUCAAUGAUGGUCACUGAUCAGUGUUUUUGUCCCUAGCUUUCAUUUAGUACAUCAUUCAAACUAGGCACCUUUUAUUUAUCUGAUCAACUAUCCAAAGGUCCUACCAGGUCAACAGAUUGUUG